AUGUACUUCUUUGCUCUUCAGGUGAUCAUUGACUUCACUGCUUCCUGGUGCGGUCCUUGUCGUGUCAUAGCCCCAGUCUUUGCUGAGUACGCCAAGAAGUUCCCUGGCGCCAUCUUCCUGAAGGUGGACGUUGACGAGCUGAAGGAUGUCGCUGAAGCAUACAACGUUGAGGCAAUGCCAACCUUCCUGUUUAUCAAGGACGGUGCGAAGGUGGACACUGUUGUUGGUGGCAGGAAGGAUGAUAUCCAUACCAAGAUAGUGGCCCUCAUGGGUUCUGCAUCUGCCUAA